CCCAGAUUCCCUCAGACCUGCAGAGUUAAGUCAGCAAGUGUCAGAGUGGAUGUGAGCACAGGUCUUGCAUGAGUCCCUGGACACACUUAAGCUGUCAGAUACCAAGAUGCGGCUGAAGCCAGUUAUCGUUACGGUGUUACUCACGCUGGCGGUGGCUUAUUACGUUUACGUCCCGCUGCCCGAUGCCAUCCAGGAGCCGUGGAAGCUGAUGAUGCUGGAUGCUGGGUUCCGCGCAGCGAUGCAUCUGGCCUCUCUGAAGGAUUGGCUGGGCUUUGACCAUUACAUCAGGUCUAUCAGGAAGUCCACAGACGGCUUUGAGGGCAUGAUGACGGGGCUGGAAAGUUCUGAGUCUGGUGGAGGGGUCAUGCCCGGAGUGAAGGUCAGCGACCUCACUUUUGUCGGUAUCCCGGUGCGAGUUUAUGAGCCCCCAGCUGGAGGGGAGGGCCAUCUGAGGAGAGGGUUGAUGUAUUUGCACGGGGGAGGCUGGGCGCUCGGCAGUGCCAAGAAGGGGUCGUAUGAUGCCAUCAACCGCAUGGUUUCGGAUGAGCUCAACACCGUUGUGGUCUCUGUUGAGUAUCGUCUGUAUCCAGAGGUGCAGUUUCCAGUGCCAUAUUUGGACUGCCUUGCUGCUGCCAAACACUUUUUGACUCCAGAGGUUCUGGCCAAGUAUGCAAUCGACCCCGAGCGUGUGGCCGUGGCAGGAGACAGUGCCGGAGGAAAUCUGGCCGCUGCAGUCGCUCAGGAGAUUGCCAUAGAUGACACUGCGAGUGUGAAGUUCAGCAUCCAGGCUUUGAUCUACCCAGCCCUCCAGAUUCUGGACUUCAAUACGCCCUCCUACUUGCAGAACCAAGAUAUACCCAUCCUCUACCGGCCCAUGAUGGUUCGUUUUUGGCUGCAGUACCUCGGUGUCGACCUCUCCCUGCAGCCCCAGUUUCUAGCGAACAACCACAGCUUACAUCACUCAACCAUCACCCCAGAGGUGAGGGCACGAGUGGACUGGACCAUGCUCCUAGCCCCAAAGCACAAGAAGAACUACAAACCUCUCGUCGCGGAAAAAGGUUCACAGGGGCUUGUGAAGGAGGUGCCAGGGCUGCUGGAUGUGCGGGCGUCACCACUGCUGGCAGGACCAGAGGUUUUAGCUAAAUGCCCUCGAGCAUACAUCCUAACAUGUGAGUAUGACGUGUUGAGGGAUGAUGGGCUCAUGUAUGCUCGGCGCUUACAGGACGCAGGAGUCUCGGUAACCAGCGACCACUAUGAGGACGGCUUCCACGGAUGCUUCAGCUUUACAGUCUGGCCAAUGGACUUUGACGUAGGGAAGAGGGCAGUCAGAAGUUACCUCAACUGGCUGCAGAAUAACUUGUAACAGUGUAUAUGUCACUGUGUGCAAAUGAGUAAUGGGUGCGUGCAUGUGUGCGCGUCACUGAUACAAUUGCACUAGCCCUUGCUUUGAGAAUUAUAGACUUGCUUAAGGGCUUGUACACAUGCUCUGUGUAAAAAUACAAAAUCUAAGCUCAGGGCCCUCAUGCAAAUGCAUAUACAUUCACACACACACACACCACCUUCAGCAGUUUACAGUCUAUUGUCAGCAGAGAAGGACAAAUAAAGUAACAUUAACAUGGCUAACACUGUGACCAGCUAACAAGAAUACAUAAUAGAUUCAUAAAGACACUCGACAUCACAGCCACAAGCUUUCCACUGAAGGACAAAUUCAUAAGCUCGUUCCACACUCAUUCAUAUCCACACUACAAACGCAGAGUUGUCAAUGAACUUAAAUUUUAGAAUAAAAGUAUCAUAAACCCUUGAUCAAGGCUCACGUUAGUAAUGGUUGGUUCUCUUUUUGUGGUAAGAAAGAACAAUGUUCGUAUCAAACACAGGACAGAUAACAUUUUUAAAUUCUUUUAAAUGAAUCCUCUCCACAAAUAUUAGGUUAUUCGUUACCUUUCUUGUGGACAGCAUUUAACAUUUUGUGUGUCUGACAACUCACCCUGCUGUAGUAAACACCCAUCUUGCUCUCCCUGCACUACAAUAAAGUGAUGUCUUCCCUGGAAAAAACGAUGCUGGCACUUUACAAUCUCAAGGAAAAUGCACUAUUUCCUUCAGUUUUAUUCCAUCUAUUAUUUCCAUUGUGUAAGGUACAGGAUACUCUAGUUAUCUGAACAUUCUCGUAGGCUAUGACGAAUGAAAUGUUUUGUGAUUCAAAUGCCUGAACAGGGAUAACGAUGGAACAUCACUGAAUUCACCUGUCAGUAGCAGUUCCACAAAGCAGGGGUAUAUCAUUCCCCCCAUAUGGGUUCUACUGGAUUGGCAAUGGCUAUAGAGCUGUCAAAGGUCUUUGUCAGAUGUCUGCAUGUAUGAAAUCACUCCAGACACGGUGGAAAACGUAACAUGCACAACAUCUGAGGUGCAACAAUCAUUCAAACUGAGAAUUUUCCUUUCACUUGUCUUGGUUCUUCCGACUGUUGUCAUUUAGUGAAGGAUGUCAAUAAAAACACAAAGUCAAACUUA